UCUCUUGGCGUUCCAGGCAUAUUUUAAUUCAGCUCAUAUCCUGCCUCCUCUUAUAUCAUCGCCCUCGCUACCUCUUCAUUCAUCUCGAAGCUCAAAAUGCGUGUAGCAAUUGCUGGUUACAGCGACCUGGGUCGCUAUAUCUGUGAAGAGUUUCUCAAGGCUGGCCAUGAGGUCGUUGUCCUAACUCGAAGUCACAAACCCCAGCUUGAGAGUCAGGGCAUCACACAGGCUAUCACGGAUUACACACUGCAGUCUCUGAAGGCGCCGCUUGCCAACUGUGAGGUUCUGAUAUCGACAAUCUCAGACUUUUCAUCAGUAUACAUCGAUGUCCACAAAACCCUCAUCCUGGCUUGCCAGGAGAGCCCGAAAUGUAAACGUUUCAUGCCCGCUGAAUUUGCGGUAAAUAUUGAAGCGUAUCCGGAUCAGCCUGGUUUCUAUUACGCCCCGCAUGAGCCAAUUCGUGAGAUGCUACGGAAUCAAACGGAUGUCGAGUGGACCUUGGUUUGUCUCGGUUGGUUAGCAGAUUAUUUUCUGCCGACUAAAAAUCGAUACAUCAAGGAUAUCAGCGGAUUCCAUCCUAUAAAUUGGGAGGGCAACAAGAUUGUGAUUCCGGGAACUGGAAAUGAGCCCGUGGAUUUCACUUGGGCUCGCGAUGUUGCCACGGCGCUAGCAUCGUUGGUUGCGGCACCCAAGGGAUCAUGGGAGCCUUACACGUUCAUGUCAGGGGAGCGUAGCUCCUGGAACGAUGCAACCCAGAUUAUUAAAGAGAAGUUCCGACCUAAUGAUCCGAUAGAACACGUCUCAUUACAUGCUGUCGCGGAGAUGAUCAAGACAGCUAAAGAUGAAGAUACCAUGAUUCUGGCCGAUUAUUAUCUGUUGUCCAUCAGCCAGGCCUGCGGAAUUCCCGCCGACAAAGUUCACACCCACAGGGAGAAGUUUUUCUCAGGUGUCCGCUUCCGAACUUUGCAAGAAGGUCUCUCUCAAUUUGACGACAAUCCCAACUCGGUAGUUUGAAGAAAGCGGCAGGUGUAUUUUAAGGAUCGAAACACGCGAAGGCGGCAUGGCAAUCAUGUCAUCUAUAGUGCUUCACCGAUCUAGACGCACGAAAUUCAAGAGAUUUCAGACGACGCUCAGGAUUGCAUUGUUUUCUAACCGACUGGUGACAAUAAUAUCGUAUCUUCGUAUCUUUAUGUGCAGUGUUCAGUCUGGGUAAAAGCCACGAAAU